AGAAACUCCAGGACACAUCAGGAGAAGGAGCGCGCGCCGUGGUCAGACCCGAUCGGGAGGUUCAGGGACGCGGAUCGGUUGCGCGUGCCAGGCUGCGGAAGUCCUCUCCUCGCUCCGCGAACAGGAGGAAUGAGCGCGUCCAGCUGCGUUCCAGCUGCUGCGGCGGGACUCACCAGCUGAUGAAGACAGGAGGAGGAGGAGGAGGAUGAGGAAGGCGCUUCCCCAACUUCACGCGCUCCACCAGCCACUCGUCUAAUAAGAUGCCACCUGGCUCCCGCGCGCGCCACGCGGCUCGGAUCAAGACGAACCCGGGAUAGCACCCCAUCAUCCAGGAGACACCGAGAGGAGAGCCAGGAGCGGCGGAAGAGCCCGACCCAGCCCACCCGGGACCAGAGAGCCGUGCGCCGGGGAGCGGAGCCGCAGAGAGCCGCGCGCGCGAGGAGGAGAGUGAUCUGUGCGGGUGUGCGGCCCCCCCCGCAGCCCCGCAGCCCCGCAGCGAUGCUCCUCCCGCGGCCCCCGCUCCUCUCCGCGCUCCUGCUGCUGCUGCUGGCCGCGGGCCGCUGCACCGCCGCGGCGCUGCUCCGGGGCGCCACCGCGCGGACGGAGGCGCUGACGGAGCACGUGGAGCUGACGGGCCGGUACCCGAGGACCAGGACCGAGACCCCCGCCGGGCUGAGCGGAGCCAGAGGGAGGGGGGAGCGCCCCCACCACCACGGGCCCGUGAUGAACCACAGAGAUCCGCAACACAAGGAGAAGUUCAUCAUCCACCUCACAGGGCCUCUUUCCUUCGACCCAAAGUGUAAGAAGCAGUUCCACAGGCUGUACCACAACACCCGGGACUGCACCGUGCCCGCCUAUUAUCGAAGAUGUGCUCGACUGCUGAUCCAGCUGGCCAAAAGCCCUCGCUGUGCUGAGCGAUAACCAGACGACUCUGGACUGCAGCAGCCCUGGAGACGACAGGGAAACCCGCCGACGGCAGCAAUUCGCCCUCGACGAUCCUCCGACCAUCGCUGGGAAAUCUUCUCCUUCUCUUAUUACGUUCCUGAAGAGCCAAUCAGAUCGCAGGACACAACUUCCUGGAUUAUCUCGGUGGGAUCUGAGCUGAAAUCUGGACACGAACUGAUGUGACCUGAAGCGCUCGGCCUGUUCCCGUCUCUCCCUGCUGCUCGCGAACUUUCCUCGGCGCUCGAGUCUCCGGGGUGUUUUCGGACGAUGUUCCGCCUCCUGCAGCAGGAAAGCCGACGGAUUCAGACGGAUGAAAAGAUGCCGAAGAAUAAUAAAUAUGUACUUGACGUGUCUGUGUAUUUAUACCGUGGAAGCUGCCGCACUGUGUGCAAUAUGUACAUACUGUCCGAGGA